UCUCUUCCUCUUCCUCUCCCUCUCUCCCUCUCUCCCUCUCUUCCUCUUCCUCUUCCUCUUCCUCUUCCUCUUCUGAUCAGACCCUUUUUUAUCCACCUCUCCAUCCCUACACGCCCUCACCCGCACAACCACCCCUUUUCAUCAUCCUCAUUCCUCAUUCCUCAUUCCUCAUUCCUCAUUCCUCAUUCCUCAUUCCUCAUUCCUCAUUUCUCCUCCCUCAUCAUCAGAUGGAAGACUCGCGGGGUGGCCACCAUCCCUAUAGCUCCAGCAGUGGCCAGGGCCAUGGGUCCGAUCGCUAUCCUGCCCACUCUUCUUCGUCCUCUCAGCACCCACAGCACUAUCCACAGCAGCAUCCAUCCUCCUCAUAUCCCAAGGACAGUCGCGCCCAUUCCCAACAGCAGUAUCCUCAGGAUCCGGAGGCAGGCGCUGCCUGGAGAUCUCCCAUCACACCCACAACGACCCGCAAAUUCAACCGCAUGGCCAUCCAUGAGGUCCUCGACAGCCAUCAGUCUCAGCAUCCCUACUACGAGGAGGACUCGCCACCCUACAAGAGAAAGGGUUCACCCGAAGAUUUUUCCUUCUCUGACCCACCAGCGUCGUCCUCCACUACUGGUGGUCCUAAUUUGCACAAUCACUCGUCGCGGUAAGUUUGUUUAGUAUGGUUUUUUAUAUAUAUCUAAAACGCC